AUUCUGUUUUUAAACUCUUAAGUCUUAAGUAGGUUGUUUGUUUUUCUUUCAAUUAAACAAGGACAAAUUUAAGAAAGAAAAGUACUUUAAAAGGGGGGCUAUUAACAUAAUAUUCUCAUAUAUUAUAUUUUUGGCGUUUUUUUAAGUAAAGCACCAGUUAUCAUUUUGAUGAAGUAGCUGAAUUUGUCUCAAUAUCUGAAAUAUUAAGGUUUCUUAAUCAUUAAUUGAAAGCCCCUAUCCGUUCUGCUAAAAGUCAAUUUAAUAAUGAAAUUUUUUAAUUCUUAAUUAUAUAUAUGAAAGUAUAAAUUUGUGUUAUAAAGUAAAAAUGAUUUAAAAUUCAGUUGAUUAAAAAUUGUGUUACUGCAAUAAAAAAAUUGUAAUUAUGCAUUUUUCAAUUCCGGAUACUCAAGAUUUUUAUAAUGAACGCAAUGGGACCUCUUAUACAGGAUACAACAUUCAUAUUAAUGGAAUAUUCCAUUGCUGUUUGAGAUAUAAACAAUUGCACAACUUCAAUGAACAAUUGAAAAAAAGAAUUGCACAUAUUAUUCCAACGAAGUUAAGUAAUAGUUAUUCCAAACUACAAUUUGGUAAUGAGAGCUGUGCGGAUUCCAACGCAACGGCAGCUACUGUAGGGCCAAACGGGAAACAACACUAUAAAAAAAUUUGCAUAAGACUACCAGAAUUUCCACCAAAAAAACUCCUCCCACUAUCUCAAAGCCAAUUAGAAAUAAGAAGGUAUGCUCUGGAACGUUAUAUUCAAUUAUUAGGACAAGAUCCAAUAAUAUCAAAAACCGAUAUGCUAUUUACGUUUCUAUUAAAUGCUCAACAAGAAUCCGCUGGUAUUGAACAACGGACAACGACACUGGAAACGUAUUUAAUGAACGGAUACAGAAUAGAAAUAAAUUGCUUAACAACGGAUGCAUCUUCCAAAAUAUUAGAAAUAGCCUGUCAAAAUAUCGGUUUACCAAAUGAAAUGAUUCAUUAUUUCUCUUUAUAUUUAAUGCGUAAGGAAAACGAUGAUAAUAUUGCUCUAGUGAGAAAAUUAAUGGAUUUUGAGUCGCCAUACAUAUCGCAAAGACUGCUAUCCGAUUGCCAAAUAGUUAUAAGAAAAUGCUACUGGGAUCCGUGCUAUGAUAUUCAAUUAAUGCAAGAUAAAAUUGCCUUAAAUUUGCUUUAUAUACAAACUGUAAGUGAUAUUGAAAAGGAUUGGAUUAUUGUAUCACCUGAUAUAAAAGCUCAAUUAAGAUCACUUCAAGAUAGAGGCAAUAAAAAAGAGUAUUUAGAUAUUGCAAGAAAACUACCGUCUUAUGGGUGCAUUCAAUUUUCAAAGGCCAGUGUAGAUUACCCAGAGCCAAACACUUGUGCAAAUAUAGUUGUAGGGAACAGCGAACUGAGCAUACGGAUAACAGAUGGUCUUAAAAUUCAAGAGACUAAAUUUAAAGUAACUAGAAUGAGAUGUUGGCGUGUUACAACAACUCAUAAUGUUGAUGAUUCUCAAGACAUACCAUCAAAUUCAACUAAAGAAUUCAUAAGCCAAAGUUUAGAGUUAUCAUUUGAGUAUUUAAUGAACAAGGAUAGUUUAAGAUGGAUAGUAAUAAAUAGUGAAAAUGCAAUGCUGAUGUCAGUAUGUCUUCAGGGAAUGGUUGAUGAAUUAAUUAAUCAAAAAGAAGGAAAUCAUUUCACUAACAUAAAAAUUCAAACAGAUGAUUACAUUCCAUUUCUAUAUAUUAAAAGAGAUGACAGUAAUCGAAUAUCCGAUUCUAGUUCUUCAGACACAAUUUCUAGCUUAAAUGAAAUUGACAUGCAAACUACAGGUGGGGAAUCUUUUUCAAUGAAACGUAAAAUUAAAAACAAAAUUUCAACAACUGUUUUCUUUACGAAAGGACGUGAAUCAGUUUUCGAGGAAAUUGGCGAUGAUGAUCUUUAAAAUAUUCCUUUUUUAUAUUUUUAGGAUAAGAUGAAAACAAAAUAAGAUUAUAUUUUAUGUUAUAUUUGUUUAUAUUAAAAUUUUAAAUAUUUAAUGCAUAAAAAAUAAGUACAUUAUGUUUUAUAUAAAUUUAUAAAUUAAGGUUAAAAUAUUUUAGUUAAUCAAAUUUACAUAUGUAAUAAUAUUAAAAAAUUGCAAAAAUUAUUGGUUAUCAAAUUUAUAUUUAGUUUAACAGAAUAAAUUUUAUAUUUAGGAACUUUUCAACUUUUUGUUUUUAAUUGAAUGCAAUUUUUUAAUACUCUUUUUGUUCUAUCAACUUAUAUUUAAUUUUUGUAGCAAAAUAAUUAAU